UUCCCCACAUCAAAUUUAACAAUAAAAUUAUCAUUAUAUCCAAAAACACACACACUUAAGAUCUGGGUUUAUCUAGAAUCAUUGAAUCAACACUACCUUCAAUCAAUAUUUUGUUCCUUUCCAAUGGCAAAUCCCCACAAAUCCAGGUUCUUUCUUUUCUUCUUCCUCAUUUGUCAUUUCAUUUUCAUUUCUACACCUUUUCCCACUGUUUUAGCAAACUCUAAGCACGAAUUUAAUGAUCCCCAUGAAGUUUUAUUGCACAAACUUGAAGAAUUGGUGAAGAAUCUUAGUGAAGUAGUUUCUAGAUUAGAAACGAAGGUUUUAAAGGAAUCUUCAAAAAUUGAUGAUGGGGUUGGAAUUAAAGAUGAAAUUAGUUUAAUAAAAUAUGAUGGUAGGAUGAAAAAUCAAGGAGAUGAGGAAAAAAAGAAGGGUGUUUCGGUUACGAAAUACAGUCCGUUUUGGUCUGAGAGGUUUCGGUUUAUGUCGGCUUUGAAAUUAGGGUCCGCCGUGACGUGUAUUAACAUCUUGCCGUUUCGUGAUUAUGAGGGAUUUAGUAAGUAUGUUGGUGUUGGAGAUGAAAGAGGAAGGGUUUAUGUGUUUUUAAGGAAUGGGGAUGUUGUUGUCGAGUUUUAUACCGAAUGUGAAUCGCCGGUUGUAGCGAUGGUUUCAUAUAUGUCUGUUUAUAAGAAUGAGAGUUUUGUUGUUACGGGGCAUCGAAAUGGUGCGAUUUUGAUGCAUAAGGUUUAUGAGAGAUUGAAUGGAGAAGAGUUGAGUUCACUUGUAAUGGAAACGGUUGGUAAAUUUGUGGAAGGAAACCGGUUACCGAUAACUACAUUGGAAGUUCAUCAUGUUGGGAGAAUGAGGUAUAUUUUGUGUACCGAUCUUAGUGGGAAAAUCCAAGUUUUUAGAGAAGAAGGAACGCUUUAUGGUUCCGCCAUGCCAAGAAGUAGGCCACUUGUGUUCUUAAAGCAAAGGCUUUUGUUUUUAACAGAGACAGGUGCUGGGUCAUUGGAUUUACGGAAUAUGAGAAUUAAGGAAUCAGAAUGUGAAGGGUUGAAUCAUUCUCUUGCUCGGAAUUAUGUUUUUGAUGCAACAGAACGGUCUAAAGCUUACGGUUUUACAUCCGAUGGUGAUUUGAUUCAUGUUCUGUUGUUGGGUGAUAUUAUGAACUUUAAGUGCCGGGUUAGGUCCAAGAAAAAAUUGGAAAUAAACGAGCCUCUUGCAUUUCAAGCUAUUAAAGGAUACUUGAUUAUUGUCAAUACUGAAAAGGUUUUUGUGUUUAACGUUUCUACCCCGCAUUACGUUCGAGCCGGUGUGCCACGGCUUCUUUUUUCUGCCUCUUUGGAUGAGAUCAAGUCAUCGUUUUUAACUUACCAAGUGAUGGAUACAAAUAAAGAGAGAGUACAAGUGAUGCCCGUAAUAGCCAGUGAUCGUGAAUCACUAAUUGUUCUUGGACUUGGAGGCGAGUAUGUGGGGAUGUAUCGGUCUAACCUUCCGGUUCUUAAAGGGGAAUCUAAUACAAUGCUAUGGACCAGCCCGGUGUUGUUUUUCAUACUUUUCUUAUUCGGGGCAUGGCAAUUCUUUGCAAAGAAGAAAGAGGCAUUCACUUCAUGGGGAACCGAUGAUCCUUUUAGCUCCUCAUCAGCUACAAAUAGUGCCCCAUUAGGAUCUAACACUGGUGAGAGGCCAUUUAUAGAUUCUUCUUCACGAAGUUCCGAUAUGGUUGACUUAAGAAGCAGCGGUCUUCGAGGUCGACGCUAUGCAUCUCCUUCUCGGUAUCCAAGUGGAGCUACUACCACUUCUUUCAGGCCGAAUUCUGCUGAUCCAAUCUCUAGACCUGCUCCCGUUGAUCCAAAUUAUCGAGCUGCUCCGGAACUAAAUUAUAGGGGUUCAACCCUUGAACCAACCGGCUUUUCUAAACGAAGAGAGAGUUUAUUCGUGAACCCCCAAGCCACGGAUGACAAAAGUUAAAACUCUUACAAAAGGAAGGGUUCUUUUAGAUUCUUUUGGCUGUUCAUAAAGAUAUUAUGAAGCCAUUUGAACCUGCCAUGUUGUAAUUUUAGUUUUUUUUAUAACUUAAAACAAUAAUAAAUGAAAGAAUUUUAAGCUCGAUCCUUUUUGAAGGAGACUUUUGAAAA